AUACAACAUCACGUGAAUAAUAACAGAGGAAAUCAGAAUCGGAAGGCGAUAAAUAAUGUCAGAAUACGAGACCUACUCUGGAUGGGAUUUCGACAAAUUCGACGAUGGUUCAUUGAAAAUUGUAGGGGAAGUGCAACUUCGCAAAUAUGGUAAAUUUCUUGAAGAUUAUGCUGCACAGUUGAAGGGGAUAGAGGACGCUUUAGAUGACAGCAUCGGAGAUGCCUGGGAUUUCACUCUCGAUCCCAUAAAGCUUCAGUACUGCCCAUAUGAACAGACCAGUCUGUUGGAACUCAUCAAAACAGAUAACAAGGUUUUCAAUAAGGUUAUCACUGUAUUUGCAUCCCUUUGUUGUGAGAUGGGAGUUUUGAAACAUGAGGCUGAAACAAAGUACUACAAUGCAUUGAUGUUUUAUGGCGAAGGAGAGCCAACAACUGGUCUACAGGAGGGAGAUGCCCAGGUGAUGUUGGGGCAGUUCAUGCCAUUUAUGCAGGAAUUAUCAUGCUUUGUCGCACGUUGCUAUGAGGUGGUUAAGAACGUCAUUCAUCAACUCUCAAGUUUAUUCAAUACUUCAAAAGGUGCCCCCAGAGUUAUUGAUAUCUCUCAAGUUCAUUUUACCACUGUCUUUGAACAUCUUGGCCAGUUACUGUGUGUUCUCAUCACCCUGGAUGAGAUCGUUGCCAAUCAACACUCGCUCAAGGAACACUGGACACUAUACAAAAGGAUGCUGAAGUCUGUCCACCACAACCCAGCUAGGUUCAACAUUGACUCGGUCAAGCUACGGCCAUUUGAGAAGCUGCUGAUGAGACUUCAAGGACAGUUGCUGGAUGGCAUGAUAAUGCAGAGUUGUGUGGAACAAUUGUUUGAUGAAAAUCAUGUGUAUGUGACCAAGAAUUCCUACUUUGCUGAAGAGUUUGCCUACAACAUCAGAGUGCUAUUUUCACAGAUAGAACCAAAGAUAGGGGAUCCAAGUGAGAUGGAUCAUCGUCUACAAUACGUGGGAAUCUGCGGUCUCUAUGUUCUCCACUUUCAGAUCUUUCGUGUCAUUGAUAAGAAGGUCUUUAAGCAGCUCUGGGAUGUGUACAAGAAAAUUCCGUCAAUCACUUUAACUGGGAAUAUUAUGUGGUCUCCAAACAAGUUCCUGUUGCGUAGUUUAUCACCGCACAUCUCCAAGAUCCUGGACAAACGUUCUCAGUCACAUGUGGCCACCCAAACCCAAACCUACUUAACAAACAAGGUUCAGAGUGUUAUACGUGAUGUGCAACAAUAUUACGUACAGGUUUGCUCAUGGAUGAUCCGUAUGGAGUCUGGCAUGGGAGCUGCCAACAGCGUCGUUGAUGACCUAACACAUAAGUGCUCCUUAUUCAUCCAGGGCUUGCUGUGGGCUCACAACAUCAGUCACCUAGUGAAGACAGUCAUGAAUAUUCAUGCUUAUACUAAUAAACCUCUGACCAAGACAGCCGUACUUGCAUUGUGUCGCCUUAUUGAGCUUCUUAAGUCCAUUGAAGCUACGUUUCAUCGUCGGACCAUGGUGAUUGCCGAGUCCAUCACUCACAUUGUACAACAUCUGCAGUUCUUGGCUAUGUCUGCAGUUAACACGGCAAAGAAACGCAUAAUUUCGGAUAAGAAGUACAGUGAUAAGAGAUUGGAUGUUCUGUCAGCCUUAGUCCUGGUUGAGAACGCAAUUAGUGGUGCACCAACUAAAGAGAGAGUUCUUGUUGCUAAGUUAGCAAUGGCGGUUGGAUCGCAAAUGAAAGCAUUUCGGGAUGAUGAAUUUGCUAAUUUUAGAAACAUUCUCAUGAAGAUGGAAGUGAUGAGUGACCUAAGGGGAAAGCUGAAAGAAGCUUGUGAUUGCAGCUUUGUGUAUUGGCAUAGGGUCAUCUUCCCAAUCUAUGUUGCUGACCGGUACGCGAAUGCUGUCGAUGCCCAUCGCCUUCACUACAUGUUUGCAGCAUUAGCAGAUUGCGUUGCUCCUAUGAAGCAUUCUCAUCAUUUGGAAUCAAAUGAGGAUCUCUUAGCUGCUUUCUUCAAGGAAAUUGAGGAAAAUUUAGAAGAUCAUCUUCUUGGUCCAUUGUGCCGCAGUGUUGAGACUGACCUACGUCUCUCCAUCCACCAACAUCUUCAAGUAGGUGAAAUGAAUCCGUUUAAAGUCACGUCUAAGGACUUCACUCAUUUCUUGAAGAUGAAGCCCAUUCGCAUGUUCAACCACUACAUCAAUGUCAAAGCGCAUGUCACUCACUACCUUGAUAAGACAUUUUAUAAACUGACUACCGUCGCAUUGCAUGACUGGAAGACAUAUGCUGAGAUGCGCAACCUAGCGGCCCAGAAGUACGGGCUACAUAUGACAGAAGGACAUCUACCAACACAGACCUUGGAACAGGGUUUAGAUGUUCUUGAGAUUAUGAGAAACAUUCAUAUCUUUGUCUCCAAAUACCUGUACAAUGUCAACAACCAGAUUUUUGUGGAGCGGUCAAGUUCAAACAAACACCUCAACACCAUAAAUAUCCGUCACAUAGCGAACUCAAUCCGUACUCAUGGUACUGGCAUCAUGAACACGACAGUCAACUUCACUUAUCAGUUCUUGCGUAAGAAGUUCUUCAUCUUCUCACAGUUCAUGUAUGAUGAGCACAUCAAAUCCAGAUUGAUAAAGGACUGCCGCUACUUCAAGGAAGUGAAAGACGAGAACAAUCAGAUGUACCCAUUUGAACGUGCAGACCGGUUCAAUAAGGGCAUCCGCAAACUAGGCCUCACGCCUGAUGGUGAUAGCUAUCUAGAUCAAUUCCGCAACCUGAUAAGUCAGAUCGGUAAUGCAAUGGGUUAUAUUCGUAUGAUCAGAUCUGGUGGUCUACGUUGCUGUAGCAAUGCCAUAAGGUUUGUCCCAGAUGUUGAUGACAUCAUCAAUUUUGAGGAGCUGUGUGCUGUAGAGAAUCUGUCGGAAGAAACGCAAAAUGCUGCAAGCAACCUAGACAAUGUCCUUGGAAACCUUGCUAAAAACUUUGCAGAAGGCACAGAGUACUUUAAGAUGCUGGUGGAUGUAUUUUCUCCUGAGUUCAGAACCUCCAAGAACAUGCAUCUUAGAAAUUUCUUCAUGAUCUUACCACCUCUUAGUCUCAACUUUGUGGAGUAUUCCAUUGGUUGCAAAGAAAAGCUCAACAAGAAAAACAAGGUUGGCGCUGCCUUUACAGAUGAUGGCUUUGCCAUGGGUGUUGCCUACAUCUUAAAACUCUUGGACCAAUAUCGAGAUUUUGAUUCGCUUCAUUGGUUUCACUCAGUCCGGAGAAAGUAUGCACAAGAGAAGGAAGGCGUGAAGAAAGCUCAAGUGGAGGAUGAGAAACUUAUGCAGACAGGAAGCUUAACUAUCAAACGAUUAGAAACAUACCAGAGGGAGUUUGAUCUGCUUUACUACAGUUUAAGCAGUGCUAGGAUCUUCUUCAGAGCCGACAAGACAGCGGCAGAAGAGCACGAAGAGGAUAAAGAAAAAGCUGGCAAAUCAAAAACAGGAGAUGUCAAAAGCAAAUGAAGAGGCUGUUGAGAGCGAGGUUAUUACAACUCCACAGGAAGUGCCAAGUUCUGUACCCGCUAUUCAGGCACCACCACCCAAGACAACACUGCCAGCAAUCACCGCCUAGCUAGGUGCUUUUAAGUACGGAUUGGCAGCUUAGGCAGUGUGAAUGUCAUUAAUGAAGAUCGUAUCCUGCAAGCAUAAGCAACGGACAUACGUUUCAAUGUCUUUCAACUCUGUUCCACAUUUUCUCUGUCAUGAUUUUGAUUGCCAUUACAGUACUGUAUUUGAAAAGAAUAUUAAAAUUAUAAAGAAUGCAUGUAAAGAAAAUGGGAUCCUUACAAAAUGAUCACAUUUAGGCCUAAUUAGAUUAAAUUUAUUAUUAAAAUUAUUAUUAUUUUAUUAUUAAAAUAUUGUAUAUUGUAAUAUUGAAGUAUAGUCAAUAAUAAGAAAUUAAUAUAGGUUUUACAAAUAUAAAAUAGAUUUUAUUAGGCGCUAUUCCAACAGCUGCUUCUGGUUAACUUUAUUUUUUAAUUUUCAGAUUCUGGUCACAUUACUUGGCCUACUUCAUUUCAAUAUACAAUUCUUUCAUAUUCAAAGAAUUAUUAAUUAAAAGAUUUUAUAACAGUUGAUAAUAAAUACAUCAAAAUAUUCUUAUUAGUAAAAAGAUUUUCAUAAAUAUUGUGACACCACAGAACAGUACAUAUAUAAAUUAUUGGUUCAAAACAUUUUGAUUGCUAUGAAAGUUUGAUGAUACAGUCCAGAUAAAAUUUCUAUGACGUAGAUAAUAUAACUAAAGUAAAUUAUCAAAUAGUGAUUGUGAAAACCAAUGAAUGUUUAUCAAUAUAACUAAAGUACAUAUUGUUAAUACUGUAUAUGGCUACAGUAUUUCAUAGAUUUUUCCAAUGUCUGCAUAAGUAGUUAACCAUUGUUCAAAAUGAUAUUACAGAAUAACCAUGUCAUUUUCAUUAUAUCUACAAAAAAUUAAACCCGAUUAUAGUGCUAAUAAAGAUUUAUUCAAGAAUAUAGGUACAGUAAA